CAGGGGACCCAGACCCAGACUUCUGGGCCACCUCCCCUCCCACCAAUACUAAUUGGGGAGCUCGCAGUCCUUUCUUGCCCUCUUGGUCACCCUCAGUAGCCCGCCCCUGUCUGGCUUCCCCAGUGAAUGAAGUGUUGCCUACAGUCCAAGGAAAGCCUUGAAAAGCAAUAGGAACUAGUCAUAAAUGCCUAUGAGUACAAGCACUGGCUGGGCAAGGUCCCAGAGGGUAGUGGCCCCAGACCCCAGCCUACAGACGGGUUGCUGUGGUCAUGUGGAAUGUAGGGGGAUACAAAAUUCCUGAGACAAUUUGAGGCGACUCGGGGGUGCACUCUGGAAUUGGGUUUGUCAGGGAUGAUUCUUUGGGGGCUCAGGGCAGGGUCACUAUUGCCCUCACCACCACCCCACCCCAUCCCAGGCCUGAAAAGAACUAGGAGCACUUAUGGCUACUCUGUGAUUGGGCCUCAUAAACCUAAUCUAGCUUUGAGGGUCACUGGGAGUCCCCCAGGCCAGGGGUCUCCUCCACAAAGCUUUAGGGGACUUAAGGUUCUGCUGUAAUUGGGCAGGACUGCAGGCCACUCAAGGGGAUUCAUGUCUCUAGUCGGGCUGGGAUGGGUUCAGGGAAUCAAGAGACCCCAGCAGGGCUAUCACUGGGUAUGUGGAAGGGUCUGAAACAGGCUGACUCUGGGGUCACUCCUGGUGGAGUGUGCUGGGGCCUUGGGGGCUCGCGCAAAGAUCUGGGAAGAACUCGAGCCAGGAUAGAGUCCUGGAGUGUCCAGGUCUGGGGCGUUUGGGCCUGGGGUGGUCGCCAGGAGGCACUGGCCCUACAGCAUCUCUUCUCCACCACUUGGGCAGGGGGCUCCUUCCUUGCUUCUGAGCCUGGGGGCGUGGCCUGCGGCAAGGGCGUGCUUGGGGUGAUAACGUGGGGGCGUGGUCAGCUACGGGGUGGAAAGACACGGAAGCCGGUGGCGGCUGCAGCAGGAAAUCUGGGCUAGGCCCAGCCGGCACACGAUCCCAUCCCAGUCCCUGUCCCCACCGAGCCAUCCCUGGGCCAUGGACACAGCAGAGCCGGGACUCCCCCAGGCUCCUGAGAGCAGGAAGAGGUACAGUGACAUCUUUCGGAGCCUGGACAACCUUGAAAUCUCACUGGGGAAUGUGUCCCUUGAUAUGCUGGCUGGAGACCCUGCACUUUCAAGAGACCCAGAGCCUGACAAGACCCCCACAGCCACUGUGACCAGUGAAACCAGCCAUUGGAGUGGCCCCUCCCCAGAGGGUCCUGCACCCCUUACAGGGGAAGAACUGGACUUGCGGCUCGUUCGGACCAAGGGUGGUGUGAACGCAGCCCUGGAGUAUGCCAAGACCUGGAGCCGCUAUGCAAAGGAGCUGCUGGCCUGGACUGAGAAGAGAGCCAGCCUUGAGAUGGAGUUUUCUAAAAGCAUUAUGAAGAUCGCUGAGGCUGGCAAGGUGUCAAUCCACCAGCAGAACCACAUGCCACUGCAAUACAUCUACACCCUGUUUCUGGAGCAAGACCUCAGCCUGGGAGCCCUGGCCAUGGAGACAGUGGCCCAGCAGAAAAGAGACUACUACCAGCCCCUGGCCGCCAAACGGACUGAGAUUGAGAAGUGGCGGAAAGAGUUCAAGGAGCAGUGGAUGAAAGAACAGAAGCGGAUGAACGAGGCGAUGCAGGCAUUGCGGAGGGCCCAGCUCCAGUAUGUGCAGCGCAGCGAGGACCUGCGGGUGCGCUCCCAGACAUCCCCGGAGGACCCAGCCCCCCAGGCCUCACUGGGACCCAGCAAACAGCAAGAGAGGCGGCGGCGCUCCCGUGAGGAGGCCCAGGCCAAGGUGCAGGAAGCAGAGGCGCUGUACCAGGCCUGCAUCAGUGAUGCCAAAGCAAAGCAGCAGGACUUAGAGGCCACCAAGCUGCGGAUCGUGUCACACAUACGCAAGCUGGUGCUGCAAGGGGACGAAGUGAUGAGACGGGUGACCCUGGGACUGUUCAGGCUGCGGGGAGCGCAAGCAGAGCGUGGUCCCCGUGCCUUUGCCGCCUUGGCCGAGUGCUGCGCACCCUUCGAGCCUGGCCAGCGCUACCAGGAGUUCGUGCAGGCACUGCAGCCGGAGGCCCUGCCACCCUUGCCACCUGCCUUCUCUUUCCAGGAGUUUGUUCCUACCCCGCACAGCUCCCCCCUGGACACAAGAAAAAAGCUCUCCGCCCACCCCGCUCCACGGUUGGACGAGAGUGCAGCUGAGCCCGGCCCUUGGGAGGACACAAGCACAGGCUGGCAGGGGACUUCAGGCCUCACUCCAGGCAGUGAUGUGGACAGCGUAGGCGGUGGCAGCGAGUGUCGAUCCCUGGACUCUCCCACUUCCAGCCCAGGCCCUGGGACCAGGCGGCUGGUGAAGGUCUCAUCCACAGGCACUGAGUCUUCAGAUGACUUUGAGGAGCGAGACCCUGACCUAGGAGAUGGCCUUGAGAACGGGUCAGGCAGCCCCUUCAGGAAGUGGACACUGUCCAGUGCAGCUCAGACACACCGGCUGCGACGGCUGAGGGGCCCUGCCAAGUGCCGCGAGUGCGAGGCCUUCAUGGUCAGCGGGACCGAAUGUGAGGAGUGCUUUCUGACCUGCCACAAACGCUGCCUUGAGACUCUGCUAAUCCUCUGUGGACACAGGCGGCUCCCAGCCCGGACACCCCUCUUUGGGAUUGACUUCCUGCAGCUGCCCAGGGACUUCCCGGAGGAGGUGCCCUUUGUUGUCACCAGAUGCACAGCCGAGAUAGAACAGCGUGCUCUGGGUGUGCAGGUGGGCAUUUAUCGGGUCAGCGGGUCCCGGAUUCGUGUAGAACGUCUGUGCCAGGCUUUUGAGAACGGCCGGGCAUUGGUGGACCUGUCCGGAAACUCACCUCAUGAUGUCUCAAGUGUCCUCAAGCGAUUCCUCCAGGAGCUCACUGACCCCGUGGUCCCCUUCCACUUCUACGAUGCCUUCAUAUCUCUGGCUAAAACCCUGCAUGCAAACCCUGGGCACAACCCCAGGACCCCCAGUCCCAGCCCUGAGGUUAUUCGCUUGCUGAAGACCCUCUUGAUGCAGCUGCCUGACUCCAACUACAACACUCUGCGGCACCUGGUGGCUCAUCUGUUCAGGGUGGCUGCACAGUAUGAAGAAAACAAGAUGUCUGCCAAUAACUUAGGCAUUGUGUUUGGACCAACGCUGCUGCGGCCACCGGACAGUCCUGGGGCAGCUGGCACUGGCCCUGUUCCCUGCCUCCUGGACUUUGGGCACCAAGCCCAGCUUGUUGAGUUCCUCAUAGUGCACUAUGAGCAGAUCUUUGGGAUGGACGAGCUCCCCCUGGCCACUGAACUCCCACCUCAAGACCCCAGCCUAGCCCCUGGGACCCUCACAACCAGCCCCCAGCCACCACCCCCAUACCUUGCCCCAGAUGCCCUGCCCUCAACCCUACCCUCGGACCCAGACCCAGACCCUGAGCCCUGCAGUGCCCUGGAGAAGCAUCCUGAGACCAUGGCCCCCGAGAUUCCAACUCCACAGAGUGACCAGAGAGAGGAAGUGGCCGAAGACACCAAAAAUGAGAGAGGGGAAGUGUCCAGCCAAGGCCCCGAGGACUCACUCCUGGGGACACAAUCCCGUGGCUACUUCAGCCGCCAGCCAGUGAAGUAUCCCCGGGGGGGUGUGCGGCCUGUCACCCACCAGCUAUCCAGCUUGGCCCUGGUGGCUUCCAAAUUGUGCGAGGAGACCCCUGUUACAUCAGGGCCGCAAGGAAGCUUGCGGAGGAAGGGGCUGGGCCAUACUGCUGCCUCCCCGGAAGGCAGCCUCCUGCGCCGCACCCCGCUGCCCAAGCAUUUUGAGAUCACCCAGGAAACAGCCCGGCUACUCUCCAAGCUGCAUAGUGAAGCUGUGCCCAAGGCCACCUGCUGCCCCAACCCUCAGCCUGAGGAUGAGGAAGUCGAGGACCAUCUCUGACCAUCUCAGCACUCUGACCAACUGGCCCAGGACUGAGGAGACAGACCCAUUUCUCCCCAGAAGUUCAGUGUUGGGGAUUUUGGAGAGUUCCUAUAAGGAAAAACUACACAUCCUGGGGGAAGACUAAAAUCCUUUUUGGGGCAAUGUCCCAAGAUCAAGUCCCCUCACUAGACACAGGUUACUGCCAAGCAUCAGGGCCACUCAGGUUCAGAAGUCACACUCAGGGUCAAUACUCAGGUUCCACAUAGGUCACAGGAUCCUUGGGGUCCACCCUAGUCUCUGACUCCUUGGACAGGAAUACCUUUUGCUACUUUGGUUGUGGCCACUUCCCCGAUUCUGCCCACCUCAGCUGACACCAAGUGACCCGCUCUUGGAGUGGGGGAGUGACAGUCCAGACACAUCUGGGUGCCUGGGAUCUGAUGGCCUCUGAAUAAACAGUGGGUCUUUA